GGCGGACAGCCAUGGAGCCCCGAGUCCCCGGCCAGCCCGACACCACCGAGGUGCGGCCUCAGCACCGUUUCGACCGCCAUGCUCUGGAGGCCUACUUAAGCCAGCACGUGCCUGGCUUCGGGGCCGACCCCCGGGCUGCUCUCCGUGUCACUCAGUUCAGUCUUACUUUUUGUCUAGAUCCAUACACCUGGAACAAGGUCCUCCUAUUUUGGGCUUCCCAAAAUAGAUGGGAUAGUAGGUCAGGACAGUCCAAUCCUACCUUUUACCUCCAAAAGGGCACGCGAGGAUACGUGCUCAGGAAAAAGCCUCCAGGCUUACUUCUUCCCAAAGCACACAAGAUUGAUAGAGAAUUUAGAGUCCAGCAAGCUUUGUUUUCUGCGGGAUUUCCCGUUCCCCGGCCAUUGCUAUACUGCAGUGAUGUGUCCAUCAUCGGGACUGAAUUUUACCUGAUGGAAUACGUGCAGGGUCGGAUCUUUCGUGACUUCUCACUUCCCGGAUUGAGUCAAGCGGAACGCUCAGCCAUAUAUGUCGCCAUGGUCGAGACACUGGCCCGGCUCCAUUCCUUGAGCAUAAGCUCAUUGCAGCUGCAAGGGUACGGCACAGGUGCCGGGUACUGCAGGCGGCAGGUCUCGACCUGGACGAAACAGUACGAGGCUGCCGCUCAUCAGGACAUCCCCGCCAUGAGACAGCUGUCUGAGUGGCUCAUGAAGAACUUGCCAGACAAUGACAAUGAGGAGAGUUUGAUCCAUGGGGAUUUUAAAUUAGAUAAUAUCGUUUUCCACCACAAAGAGUGUCGUGUGAUAGCCGUCCUGGACUGGGAGCUGUCCACCAUUGGUCACCCCUUGUCCGAUGUCGCUCAUCUAUCCAUGUUCUACUUUUGGCCACGGACAAUUCCAAUGAUAAACCGAGGUUCUCAUUUUCACACAAGCACAGGGUUGCCAUCAAUGGAGGAGCUAAUCUCCGUGUACUGCCACUGCAGAGGGAUUCCUUCUCAUCUUCCCAACUGGAACUUCUUCCUGGCCCUCUCCUACUUUAAAUUCGCUGGAAUAUCACAGGGAGUGUACAGCAGAUACCUUAUGGGAAAUAAUUCAUCUGAGGAUAGCUUUCUGGUUGCCAAUACUGUGCAACCACUGGCAGAAACUGGAUUACAACUCGCAAGAAGAUCUUUUAAUACCGAGCUGCCCCCAGUGGAUAAUACCAGACAGUUGUUCAUGCAGACUAUGAAAGGCCAGGAAGUCCUCAGGAAAGUGAAACACUUUAUGCAGCGCCACAUCCUCCCUGCCGAAAAGGAGGUCCAUGAGUACUAUGUGCAAAAUGAAAAUUCAGCAGACAUAUGGAGACAGCCUUCUGUGAUGGAUAAACUCAAGGAAAUGGCCAAGGCCGAGGGGCUGUGGAACCUGUUUCUGCCAGCCGUGAGUGGGCUCAGCCAAGUCGACUACGCCCUGAUUGCGGAAGAAACCGGGAAGUGCCACUUCGCCCCCAACGUCUUCAACUGCCAGGCCCCAGACACGGGGAACAUGGAGGUAUUGCACUUGUAUGGAAGUGAGGAGCAGAAGCGGCGCUGGCUGGAACCUCUUCUUCAGGGGAGCAUCACCUCUGCCUUCUGCAUGACGGAGCCUGACGUGGCUUCGAGUGACGCCACAAAUAUCAAAUGCAGCAUCUGGCGCGAUGGGGACAGCUAUGUGGUGAACGGCAGGAAGUGGUGGAGCAGCGGAGGGGGAAAUCCCAACUGCAAAAUCGCCAUUGUUUUGGGAAGAACUGAAACUCCAUCCGUCUCCAGGCACAAACAGCACAGCAUGAUUCUCGUUCCAAUGGACACCCCUGGAGUGGAGGUCAUAAGGCCCUUGUCGGUGUUUGGCUACCUGGAUCAGUCCCACGGAGGCCACAUGGAGAUCCAUUUUAACCAAGUGCGCGUUCCUGCCAGCAAUUUAAUACUAGGGGAAGGCAGAGGCUUUGAGAUAUCCCAAGGCCGCCUCGGGCCGGGCAGAAUCCACCACUGCAUGAGAGCCAUCGGCGUGGCAGAGCGCGCACUGCAGAUCAUGUGUGAGCGGUCGGCACAAAGGAGCGCCUUUAACAAGAAACUGUAUGAGCACGAGGUGGUGGCGCACUGGAUCGCCGAGAGCCGCAUCGCCAUCGAGGAGAUCCGCCUGCUGACGCUGAGCGCCGCCCACAGCAUCGACACGCGGGGCAGCGCCGAGGCCAGGAAGGAGAUCGCCAUGAUCAAAGUGGCCGCCCCGCGGGCCGUGUGCAAGAUCAUCGACCGGGCCAUCCAGGUGUGCGGGGGCGCGGGCGUCUCCCAGGACUUCCCUCUAGCCAACAUGUAUGCCCUGUCUCGAACCCUGCGCUUAGCGGACGGCCCCGAUGAAGUCCACCUGUCCACAGUCGCCAAGAUGGAGCUGCGGGAACAAGUCAAGAGGUUGGCAGCCAAGAUGUAAGGAGGAAGAGCCAGCGCCCGGGCUCCCCACCAGCCAUUGGCACAGGGCUGCCUCCUUCCUCCUCCUCUGAUCCCAGAUGCUGAAACGAUGGCGUGGAUGUGGGGUAAACAGAGAAGACACCCGCAGUUACCAGUAGGUCUCCCCCCAGCUACCUCACCAUCUACGCUCUCUCGGUUUUUAUCUUGUACCAGAGUUUCGACUCAGAGCCGACACUCACUAGGCAGGUGUUCUACCACUUGAACCAUGUCCUCUGACCUUUCUGCCUGGGUUAUUGCUGAGAU